AUGCAUGGAGCAUUUUUGAGAUUGUUUGUUAGCGAUCAUAUAAAUUUCAGUGAAGGUUUCCAGUCGUUUCCAGUCUUACGAUUCUAGUUGUGCAACAUGUCUUGUCGAUAUCAGUGUUUAUUACUUGUUUAUGUCUUGUUAAUCUAUUAUAAUCCCAUCAACGGCUACAAAUUGAAGAAAACUGCUCCAAAUGGCCUAGGAAUCAUGGAUUUUUAUUACAAUAGCAUUCAGACCUCGUUCCUGGAGCGCUGUCCAGAAAAAUUAUCUUAUGAGAAACCAAGACCAUGUGUAUAUAACAGUUGUAACAGAAUUGUGUGGGUCGAGAAAAAUAUGACUCAAGAAUUACGAAAAUGGAUGAACUUAGAAAAUAACAAAAAAGUUCGUUCUGAAGAGGAGAUCAUGCUUGUACCAACGUGCACCUGUAACUCUUGCCCUCAGAAACAUGUAGAACGACUAUCGUACAAAUUUACUAUCGUUAAUACUGAGACAAAUGAAUUUUCAUAUGCAAUGAAAUAUAAUAUAAAGGUUUGUACUUCAUGUGAAUAA